UCGAACCACAUGAUCCCAUAAAACAUUCAUCCGCCGCCGGCCCGCGCCGCCGCCGCCGCCGCCGCCGCCCUCGCCCUGCGCGCCGCGGCCCGCGAGCCCAGCCGAGCCCAGCCGGGCGGAGCGCAGCGGAGCGCGCCGAGCCUCGUCCCGCGGCCGGGCCGGGGCCGGGCCGGAGCGGCGGCGCCUGGAUGCGGACCCGGCCGCGGGGAGACGGGCGCGCGCCCCGAAGCGACUUUGGGUCCCGACGCGCCCCACCCGACCCCUAAGAUGAAGAGGGCGUCGGCCAGAGGGAGCCGGCUGCUGGCGUGGGUGCUGUGGCUGCAGGCCUGGCGGGUGGCGGCGCCAUGCCCAGGCGCCUGCGUAUGCUACAAUGAGCCCAAGGUGACGACGAGCUGCCCCCAGCAGGGCCUGCUGGCCGUGCCCCCCGGCAUCCCGGCCGCCAGCCAGCGCAUCUUCCUGCACGGCAACCGCAUUGCACAGGUGCCCGCCGCGGGCUUCAGCGCCUGCCGCAACCUCACCAUCCUGUGGCUGCACUCGAACGCGCUGGCCCGGCUCGACGCGGCCGCCUUCGCCGGCCUGGCCCUCCUGGAGCAGCUGGACCUGAGCGACAACGCACAGCUGCGCGCCGUGGACCCCGCCACGUUCCAGGGCCUGAGCCGCCUGCUCGCGCCCCAGGCAGAUCAACGACUCCCCCUUUGGGACCGUGCCCAGCUCUGCCGAGUCCCCGGGGCUCCCCACCGCAGGCCCACGCCCCCGGAGGCCCGGCUGCUCCCGCAAGAACCGCACCCGCAGCCAGUGCCGCCUGGGCCCCCAGGCGGGCGCGGGGGGAGGCGGCGGCGGCGGCGGCGGCGGCGAUGAUGCAGAGGGCACGGGCACCGCGCCGGCCCUGGCCUGCGGCCUGGCGCCUCUGGGCCUCGGGCUGGCCGCGUUGGUGCUGUGGACGGUGCUCGGGGCAUGCUGAGCCAGGACCUCAGCAGCGCGGGGGUGGGUUGUACAUAGGGGGUCUCCGUCCACGCCGCAGCCAGCCAGCCAGCCAGCCAGCACCCGCCCAGCCGCCCCUCCCCCCACGCCACCAUGUUUACAGGGUUUUGGGAGGGCGGCAUUUGUUCCAGAACGCUGCCUCCCCACCCACACCGCGGUAUAUAGAGAUAUGCAUUUUAUUUUACUUGUGUAAAAAUAUCGGACGACGUGGAAUAAAGAGCUCUUUUCUUAA